CAACCACGAGUAUUGGAUAAUCUCAUAUCGUGUAGAUAAUGAAUUCAUUAUUCGCGAAAAACUUGUCGUGGUCUCUGAAUAGAACAACAUAAGAAGAUUUUCAUGUGACACAAGGGCGAGUAUGAUUCUGGCAGGAUCAGACCAUUUUCUGGCGGUACCUGUGGAAGCGACAGCAUUUCUGGGUGCCGUUGCCGGCUUCGUGGUCCUCCUGUUGGCUUUGUUCUUGUACCUGUCACGCAAAUGGUGCUUCACGCCACCAUCUACCACCACGCUUUUCGGCGGCGUUUGCGUGCCUCUCUGCGAGUCUAACAAUGGCUCUACCUCUCAAAUUGCGAAGAACAUAGGAAAGGCAUUUCCCUAUUCGGAUCCAGAGACUAGUUCCGACUCGGAAGAGGAUGUCCUUCGUCGAUUGAAUUCACAUUCUCAUCCACCGCCGGAUACUUUGACUAUCCAAGCGGAGGAUGGACCAACAAUUGUAGAUGCCGGUACUACCUCCAGCAGCUGCACAGAUGACCACUCGCCCACUGAUCAACAACAGUGCGUAGUAGAAGUUGGAUCCUCCGGUAUCAUUCUUGAUAGCAGAGAACAAGAAGUAGAAGUCGAGCAGAAUGGAUCGACUACCAACGAUGUUAUUACAACGAUGGGUACUAUUACCGAAGAAGUGGGUAGCUUGGAGGUCGCUUUCCUAUAUGAUGCACCGAUGCGUGAGAUGACAGUUCAUGUACUACAAGGAAGAAAUUAUCCUGAAGGUAUAGGCGGUAGUCAAGUGAGAUUAGUGCUAUUACCAUCGAAGAAGCAACGACGUAAAACUCGUGUACGCCAGGGUACGUCUCCUCAGUACAUGGAGAGUUUCCUACUUCCACGCGUAAAUCCGGAAGAUGUAAAUGCCAUGGGUGUACGCUUAAGAGUGUAUCUAUGGAGCGGAAGAAUGCGUCGAGAGAGAUUACUAGGCGAAGCCAGGGUCUCCUUCGAUCAGAUCAAUCUUCAGCUUGAAACUACACUCUGGUUAACGUUACAACCACCACCUUUUUCUUCGGUACAAGAUUGGGGAACAACUAGUAGCUUGACACGCAACGAUUCCACGGGAUCUCAGCAAUCGGUUCAAUCGUACGCGUCACCUUCUGCAUGUGUGCCAACUUGCGCGUCGCAUACUGUACCUCCAUACGGCAGUAGUAUGAAGGGUGGAAGCGUGGCAGAGAUUCUUAUAGGCUUGGCGUGUAAUGGGACGACCGGACGUUUAUCGAUAGAAAUAAUCAAAGGAUCUCAUUUUCGGGGUGGUGGUGGAAACGAUACGAAACCACCUGAUACGUAUGUUAAGCUUGCUCUCGUGGAUAGUAAUGGUCAUGAAAUGGAGCGAUCGAAAACUGGUUUGAAACGUGCACAACCGAAUCCUUUGUACAAGGAGACAUUCAUAUUCCAGGUUGCUCUGUUCCAACUUGGAGAUGUAACGCUCUUUCUGUCGGUUUAUAAUCGACGAAGAGGCGGAAUGGGAAGAAAAGGAAGAGAAAUGAUCGGUUGGCUCAGUUUAGGACUAAACAGUUCCGGCUCGGAGGAGCUUCAACAUUGGAACGAUAUGCGUGCAGCAAGGCAGCCGACACAAAUUCAACGCUGGCAUUCGCUGUUACGUCCUUGAAACAUCUUAUCACGAAAGAGUUCCUGUUACGGAGAAACAUUUUACGUUAACAAUAACGAUAUGGUUUGAUUGGGAGAAUACGAUGCAUAUAACGCCCGCUCAUUGCGUACUGUGAUGUACGACUGAUCGUAUAGUAAAGCAACUGAAUUUUUCAAGACGAACGGCUGCUCUCUAUUGGAUGCCGUCUGUACUGCCCGAACAGAACACAGAAGUCAAUAUGUCGAUCUGUUGAUCCUGCGAAUCAGAGCUGUCAUAAUUUUAGCACAUGGUAACUCUGAGUUCAAAACUCUAUUGAUGUACCAAGUACAUUCCUUUUUGAUACGCCGGACGGAGUUGAGGGUGUUUUCAACAUACAUAUUACGUAUGUAUAUUACAUAUGCCAGCAAAAACACAGAGAGAGAACAUUAACACGAGACACAUACACCAUCCAUAUACAAACACACGUACACACACACACACAUAUAUAUUUACUUGCAUACAUGCACAACAGACUUCAAUUACACAUGCACUACAAACAUGUAACACGCAUUUUAUCGGUCCCAAUAAUCGAACGUACACAUUAGCAGAUGGACCGUGAAACCGACUUCGAUUCGAUAUGUGCCUGAGCCAACCUUAAUCGUUUAUUUUUUACUUUGUGCCUUUCACCCUUUUUAGGCCGCGUGUCCGUCGACGGAGAAUCGUCGUGGGAUACCCAGCCGAGUCGAGAGUCCAUUAUGAACCGCGAUUCUCUAGUUGUUCUCCUUUGGACGAGUUCGCUAAACAAAUGUAACUUUUCCUCUCUCGAUUCCGCGACACUUUCAACGGAAUAUUCGAUUUGCAGUGCUUGUUCGUUCGAGUCGAUACCGCAAAUAUUGGUAUAUCGAUCAUAUGGUUCGAGAAUGGAUUGACGUGUGAAAAUGAA